AAAAUGUGGACAAGCGUAGCGAUAUAAAAAUCGCGUCCGUGCCGUCGGGGCGUAAACAGUCAGUUUAUCACGAUGUGGUGGCUGGAAGGGUUUAGGUCGGGGAUGGCCCGCCUGGAGAUCCUGUUGCUUGUUUACACCUUGCUCUGCUCUCUCGGAGAUUGCCUGUUUGUAACUGACUAUUUCACCCGGACACCUCGCAAGCUCAACGCCUACCGCUCUUUUGCCAGCGUGGAGCUGUUCCACUUCAACGUGCCUGAAGACACCGUGGUGGCUGUUUGGAACCUCAUCACCUUCAAGGAGCAAGGGGGCACCUUCGGAGACAGCUGCCCAGACCGCAAUGUGACAGUGUACUUCAGGUCAGGAGCUCCACCUGUAAUCAACCCCCUCCAGACACAUUUUCCAAAGGACACCAUUGUACCAGGCUCCUUCGCUGUCACUUUGACAUGGACGCUGCCCAACCGCACCACGGGGGUUUUCAAUGUCACCAGCCCCCUCCCAGGAGACUGGUUCCUGGCUGCACACUUACCAAAGGAUGAGGGGAAGAUCUCUGUCAAGGGUCUUCACGAGGAAUGUCAGUACCUCUUUCAACCUCAGCUCAUUGUUCAGAGGCUCAUUGGGAUUUCAGUGCUGUAUCCUGGUUACUUCAUUGACCAGAUGAUUCCUCUUCACAAUAGAUCUGUACUCUACAAAGUGUUCAUCCCAAACUACAUCUCUCGGGUGAAGGUACAGCUUGUGGACUGCAAUACAAAGAACAGAAGCGGGGAGAGCUGCCCGGUUCUGCUGAAGAUCCGCUCAAGGGCCCCGCCGGUGCAUAACUCCAGCGCUAUGGACUGCAGAGAGAAUGUUCCCUGUGAGCUGGAGGUCCCGCUGCCAUGCUGGGAGCAGUGGUACUAUAUUUUGGUGGAGCGUUACCUCAGUAGCUCAGAUGUCUACUUUCGUAUUGGCAUUCAGGUUAAAGGGCUUUUCAAAGCCUUUAGCUCUGUAUGA